AAAAUUUAGUGUUCAAACCAAAUAAACGAGAAAAAACACGUUUGAUAAUUGUUGUUAGUGUGUCAUACACAAAAAAAAAUUAAAAAUAGAUUUCAAUAUUUUUGUUUGAAACACAUUAAAAUUAAAAAAAUAUGUUUUAAAAAAGAAAACAAAUAACAAAGUUAUUGAAUUGAAAAAUAAUGCAUUUAAGAAAUUUAAAUAUUUUGUUAACAGUUUUAUUACUUGUAAUACAAACUAUAAAAUGUUAUGAAUCUAGGGAUAAUUUUGAUAUAUCACCACCGGUUGAACCGAAUUAUCAUAUACCUAUAGGUCUUAUUACGGAUGUUAACUCGGAAAUUUUAAGGCAAACUUUUGAUUAUGCCAUAUCGAUUAUAAAUUCAGACUUAAGUGUUCCACUAAUGGGUUAUCAAGAAGAAAUCGAUUAUGGCAAUAGUUUGCAGGGUUUCAAUCGUUUGUGUAAAUUAAUGCAAACCGGAGUAGGAGCCGUUUUUGGACCAAGUGCCAAACAUACGGGAACGCAUCUUAUGAAUGUUUGCGAUAGUAAAGAUCUACCCUAUGUCUAUUCACAUAUGAGUGAAGCUAUCGAAGGUUUUAAUCUACAUCCUCAUCCAUUGGAUAUUGCCAAAGCUUUACAUGCCAUAAUAACGGAAUUUGAAUGGACUCGUUUUAUAUUUCUCUAUGAAAAUUCCGAAUAUUUAAGUAUUUUAAAUAGUUUAAUGUCAUUUUAUGGUACUAAAGGACCCAUAAUAUCGGUAAUGCGUUAUGAUUUAAAUUUAAAUGGUAAUUUUAAAUCGGUAUUGAGAAGAGUACGCAAAUCGGUGGAUAGUCGAAUUGUAGUAGUGGGUUCAACUACCUCGGUGGCGGAAUUAUUGAAACAGGCCCAACAAGUUGGCAUUAUUAAUGAGGAUUAUAAAUAUAUUAUCGGUAACUUGGAUUUCCAUACUUUUGAUCUGGAAGAAUACAAAUACAGUGAAGCAAAUAUUACCGGUUUUCGUUUGUUCUCGGCCGAACAACCUGAAGUACAAAAUCUUAUGCUAGAAUUGGGUUUUAUAGAUGAUCUCGAAGAGAAUGAAAUGAUAACAAAUGGUAAACACACAAACAUACUAAUUAAAUUCUAAAUUAAUAGUUUCAAUUUUUAAUAAGGUUCCUGUCCCAUUACCACCGAAAUGGCUUUAAUAUAUGAUGCAGUUAUAGCAUUUGCCGAGACCACAAAACAUAUACACUACAUGCCUCAAGCUUUAAAUUGUUCGGUCUUUGCGGACAAUGUUCAGGAAGAUGGUUCUACGUUUAAGAAUUACAUGAGAUCGCUUUUAAUCGACAAAAAUACCUUAACUGGUCGUAUAUUUUUCGAGGGUAAUGUUCGUAAAGGUUUCACGCUGGAUGUUAUAGAGCUGCAAUCAACGGGCCUGGUUAAGGUGGGAACAUGGGAGGAUAAUAAAAAUUUCACUUUUCAAAGACCUCCCCAGAUUAAGAUCAUGUUAGAUACAGAUGACAAUUCCAUGGUUAAUAAGACUUUUCGAGUAUUAAUUGCAGUACCGAACAAACCUUAUGCCAGUUUAGUGGACAGUCAUAAAAAGUUAGAUGGUAAUGCUCAAUAUGAGGGUUAUAGCAUAGAUCUGAUUAAGGAAUUGGCCGAUAAAUUAGGUUUCAAUUUUACCUUUAUUAAUGGCGGUAACGAUUAUGGUUCCUUUAAUAAGACCACUAAUGUAACGACGGGCAUGUUAAAGGAAAUUGUAGAAGGGCGAGCCGAUUUAGCUAUAACAGAUUUGACUAUAACCUCAGAAAGAGAAGAGGUCAUAGAUUUCUCUAUACCUUUUAUGAAUUUGGGCAUUGCUAUAUUAUAUUUGAAACCUCAAAAGGGUGAACCCACUACAUUUUCCUUUAUGGAUCCUUUUUCAAAACAAGUUUGGAAAUAUUUAGGCAUUGCUUAUUUAGGGGUAUCCAUAUGUUUUUUCAUAUUGGGUAGACUUUCGCCCACAGAAUGGGAUAAUCCCUAUCCUUGUAUAGAAGAACCGGAAGAAUUAGAAAAUCAAUUUACCAUAAAUAAUUCUUUGUGGUUUACAACGGGUGCCUUUCUGCAACAGGGCUCGGAAAUAGCACCAAAAGCUUUAUCAACCCGUACUGUGGCCGCAAUUUGGUGUUUCUUUACACUUAUUAUGGUAUCAUCUUAUACCGCCAAUUUGGCUGCCUUCUUGACCAUUGAAAAUCCCACUAAGGUUUUAGAAAAUGUUAAAGAUUUGGCCGAUAAUAAGGGCGGUGUACAAUAUGGCGCAAAACGUACUGGUUCCACAAGAAAUUUCUUUUUAACUUCCGAAGAAGAAAUCUACAAGAAAAUGAAUGAAUAUAUGCUGGAAAAUCCUCACCUAUUAACGGAAACCAAUUUAGAGGGUGUACAACGUGUUGUGAACAGUGAUGUGGCCAGUGGUUCUACCUAUGCUUUUCUAAUGGAAUCCACUUCUAUUGAAUAUAAUAUUGUAAGAGAAUGUAUGCUACAAAAGGUUGGAGAACCUUUGGAUGAGAAAGGUUAUGGUAUUGCUAUGGUGAAAAAUUGGCCAUAUCGUGAUAAAUUCAAUAAUGCUUUAUUGGAAUUACAAGAACAGGGUGUUUUGGCACAAUUGAAACAAAAAUGGUGGAAUGAAGUGGGUGCUGGGGUGUGUAAUGCCAAAAAUGAUGGUGGCAUGGUUAGUGCUUUGGAUUUUGCUAAUUUGGAAGGUAUCUACUACGUAUUAAUUGUGGGCAGUACCAUAUCUAUGUGUUAUGGUAUUAUUUUAUGGUGUUUUAAUGUCAAUAAAAAGGCUCGUUACUAUGAUGUUCCCUUCCGCGAUGCCCUAACUGAAGAAUUUAAAGUCCUCAUUGAUUUCACCAAUAAUGUGCGAAUGUUAAAAAGUGCUCAUUCUGUAUAUUCGCGAAGUCGUCACUCUUCAUUGGAUUCAUUUGAAACGGAUUCUGGUGAAGAAAGUGAAGAUGGAAGUAUGGAAGAAGAUAGUGAUGAAAAAAAAUCGAAUAUAGUGCAAGUAAAAAAAAUGUUUUAUAAAAAUUUGUAUUUAUUAUUUUCGAUAAUUUUAAUAGUUUUAAAAACAACAUCUGCUCAAUAUGGUGGUUAUUCCCAUUACGAUGAUAUACCUUCGUCAUCAGCAGACAUUAUAACAAUAGGUUUAUUAACCGAUCAACAACAUGAAGAAAUGAAUAUUGUAGUGGAUUUUGCCAUUGAAAAUGUCAAUAUGGAGUUACAAAGUGCAUUAGCUGUAAUCAGAGAUCAAGUUCCAUAUGGAAAUUCUUUUCUAGGCUAUGGAAAACUAUGUCGUAUGAUGAAGAACGGUAUUGCAGCCGUUUUGGGUCCUUCCUCCAAACACACCGCAUUUCAUUUAAUGUCGAUAUGUGAUGCCAAGGAUAUACCAUAUUUUUAUUCCUUCAUGGGUGAUGCAGAAGCUGAAGCCUUUAAUUUAUAUCCCCAUCAAGAUGAUUUGUCAAAAGCCUUAUAUUCACUAUUAACAGAAUUCGAGUGGUCACGUUUUAUAUUCCUUUAUGAAUCGUCUGAAUAUUUAAAUAUUUUAAAUGGUUUAAUGGCUCAAUUCGGUACAAAUAGUCCGGUAAUAACGGUUUUACGUUAUGAUUUAAAUUUGAAUGGCAAUUAUAAAACGGUAUUGAGAAAAGUACGCAAAUCGGUGGAUAAUCGUAUAGUGGUAGUGGGUUCAACCGAAACUAUGCCGGAAUUUUUGAAACAGGCCCAACAAGUGGGCAUUAUUAAUGAGGACUAUAAGUAUAUCAUAGCAAACUUAGAUUUUCAUUCAUUCGAUUUGGAAGAAUUUAAAUAUAGCGAAGCUAAUAUAACAAGUUUAAGAAUGUUUUCGCCUGAGAAUAACCUAGUUAGAGAACUAAUGGAAAAAUUGGGUCAUUCGUUUAUCACCGAGGGAUUUCAGAAUGGUUCUUGUCCCAUUACCAUGGAAAUGGCUUUAACCUAUGAUGCCAUACAACUUUUUGCCGAAACUACCAAACAUAUACCACUCAAACCGACUCCAUUAAAUUGUACCGAUCGCAGUGAUAGCGUUAGGGAUGAUGGCUCUACUUUUAAAAAUUAUAUGAGAUCGCUUAACAUACAUGAAAAUACCUUAACGGGACGCAUUUAUUUCGAGGGUAAUGUUAGAAAGGGAUUUACUUUCGAUGUCAUCGAAUUGCAACCGUCGGGUAUUGUUCAGGUGGGCACUUGGGAUGAGACAAAUAACUAUACUAGUCAACGUUUGGCACCCACAAAUGCUAUAUUUGAAAAUGUGGACAACUCAUUGGCCAAUAAAACAUUUAUUAUCUUACUAUCAGUGCCGAAUAAACCUUAUGCCAGUUUAGUGGAAAGUCACAAAAAAUUGGAAGGCAAUAGCCAGUAUGAGGGUUAUAGUGUGGAUUUGAUUAAGGAGUUGUCGGGGAAAUUGGGUUUCAAUUAUACUUUUGUUAAUGGUGGUAACGAUUAUGGCACUUUUAAUAAAACUUCUAAUAUAUCAACGGGCAUGUUAAAGGAAAUUAUGGAGGGCCGAGCCGAUUUAGCUAUAACCGAUUUGACGAUUACCUCGGAAAGAGAAGAGGCAAUUGAUUUUACUAUACCGUUUAUGAACUUGGGUAUUGCCAUUUUGUUUCUAAAACCCCAAAAAGCAGCACCAGAUACAUUUUCCUUUAUGGAUCCCUUCAAUAAAGAUGUAUGGGAAUAUUUGGGUUUGGCUUUUAUUGGAGUGUCGUUGUCGUUUUAUAUACUAGGACGUUUAUCACCCACAGAAUGGGAUAAUCCUUAUCCCUGCAUAGAAGAGCCCACAGAACUGGAAAAUCAAUUUACAUUAAGCAAUUCUCUAUGGUUUACAACGGGAGCUCUACUGCAGCAGGGUUCAGAAAUAGCACCUAAAGCUCUAUCGGUAAGAACUAUGGCUUCUAUAUGGUGGUUUUUCACCUUGAUUAUGGUCUCAUCAUAUACAGCCAAUUUGGCGGCCUUUUUAACAGUUGAAACUCCCAAAGUUUUAAUUGAAAAUGUAGACGAUUUGGCGGAAAAUAAGGAAGGUGUAGUGUAUGGUGCUAAACGUACGGGUUCCACUAGGAAUUUCUUUUUGACUUCGGCCGAUCCUCGUUAUAAAAAAAUGAAUCUAUUUAUGGAAAAACAUCCCGAACUGUUGACAGAAAACAAUCAGGAGGGUGUACAACGUGUUAUAGAUGCCAAAGAUUCUGAACCAAAAUAUGCUUUUCUAAUGGAAUCGACAUCUAUUGAAUACAAUACCGUUAGAGAAUGUUCUCUAAAGAAAAUUGGUGAUGCUUUGGAUGAGAAGGGCUAUGGUAUAGCAAUGAGAAAAAACUGGGCUUAUCGAGAUAAAUUUAAUAAUGCUUUAUUGGAACUUCAAGAACAAGGUGUUUUAGCUAAAAUGAAAAAUAAAUGGUGGAAUGAAGUGGGUGCUGGUAUAUGUGCGUCAAAGAAAGAACAAAGUGAUGCCAAUUCCUUGAAUAUGAAAAAUCUUGAAGGUAUUUAUGUGGUACUGGUUUUUGGCAGUGGUAUGGCAUUAAUACACGGCAUAAUAAGUUGGAUUUGUUUUGUUAUACACAAGGCUCGAAGUCACAAGGUACCUUUGAAAGCGGCCUUUGUGGAAGAAUUUAAAUUUGUUAUGGAAUUUACCACCUAUACCAGAGAAUUGAAAAAUUCUGCUUCAAUUUAUUCACGCAGUCGUAAUUCUUCGAUAAAUAUAGAAUCAUUAGAUAAUGUUUUAAAUACUAUAGAUAAUUAACAAUUGUUGGUUUUUUUUCUAUGAUUUUUACAAAAUAAGCUUUUAAAAAGUUAAAAGUUUCUUUUGUUCUUUUGGUUUUAUUAUUAAUAUUUAAAA